AGUCGACCCGCCGGCGACGAUGGAUUUACAGCAAAAGCAGGCUUGUUGGAAAGUUGAACUCGAGGUUUUAGAUAACGAUUCUUCAUGGGUCAGUAAAUUUGAUCCUUCCAAGAAGAAGAAGAAGAAGAGGAAGCCUCUGAUACGCGAAGACGACAUCUUCUUCCAGAAAGGAGGAGACUUUACCGAGGAUAACGCUCCACACUGUCAAUCUGGCCGGAACUUUGAGCCAGACUAUGGCUACAAAGAGCUCUUGAGUAUGGUGUUUAAUAGGCUUCGUGACGAAGAUCUCGAGGUUUCAACAGAGAGGCCAAGAACAGUGAUGAUGCCUCCUCGGCUCCUUGCACAAGGGACUAUAACACUUUGUUUAAACUUUGCUGAUCUCUGCACAACGAUGCAUAGGAAGCCAGAUCAUGUCAUGAAAUUCUUACUUGCCCAAAUGGAGACAAAAGGAUCGCUGAAUAAACAACAGCGGCUAGAGAUGAAGGGUUUAGUGUCUUCUAAGGUUUUUCAAGCUGUGUUCCGGAAAUACAUUGAUGCGUUCGUAAUCUGCAUCUGCUGCAAAAGUCCUGACACAUCUCUUGCGGAGGAGGACAAUGGUCUUUUUAAUCUCAGAUGUGAGAUGUGUGGUUUAGUAGCGUCAAUUGACGUUUAUCUCUUUGCUUUUGGGCUGAAACCUAGGAACGUUUUCCUUGCCUUAGCUCUCGCAGACUUGGACAGCGAGUCCCACGGGGUUAACUCAGAAUCAGUAGGAGAAGAAGAAUGGGAGAUGGUGCAGAGGAAAGGGAUGCAAUUCAUCCUAAAUGGACAACCAUUCUAUGUGAAUGGCUUCAACACAUACUGGAUGAUGACUCUUGCAGCUGACAAUUCCACGAGAGGCAAAGUGACGGAAGUGUUCCAACAAGCCUCCGCGGUUGGAAUGACAGUAGGCAGGACAUGGGCUUUCAACGACGGCCAAUGGAGAGCUCUCCAGAAAUCUCCCUCUGUUUACGAUGAAGAGGUCUUCAAGGCCCUCGACUUCGUGGUGAGCGAGGCCAGAAAGUACAAGAUCAGGCUUAUACUGUCAUUGGUCAACAACUGGGACGCCUAUGGCGGCAAAGCUCAGUACGUUAAAUGGGGCAACGCCUCCGGCCUUAAUCUCACCUCCGACGACGACUUCUUCACCAACCCCACCCUCAGAAACUUCUACCAAUCCCAUGUCCGGACAGUGCUGAAUAGAGUCAACACCUUCACAAACAUAACUUACAAGAACGACCCCACCAUCUUCGCCUGGGAACUCAUGAAUGAGCCUCGUUGCCCCUCUGAUCCCUCCGGUGACAAACUCCAGUCUUGGAUACAAGAAAUGGCGGUGUUUGUGAAGAGCUUAGACGCUAAACAUUUGGUGGAGAUCGGACUUGAAGGCUUCUAUGGUCCCUCUGCCCCUGUGAGAACCAGAUUCAAUCCCAACCCCUACGCUGCACAAGUCGGAACUGACUUCAUCAGAAAUAAUCAGGUUCUUGGCAUCGAUUUUGCUUCGGUUCACGUCUAUCCAGAUUCCUGGAUAUCUCCGGCAGUAUCAAAUUCUUUCCUGGAAUUCACUAGCUCUUGGAUGCAAGCUCAUGUGGAGGACGCAGAGAUGUACUUGGGAAUGCCGGUUCUGUUCACAGAGUUUGGUGUGUCUGCACAUGACCCUGGUUUCAACUCGUCUUUCCGUGACAUGAUGUUGAAUACGGUGUACAAGAUGACCCUCAACUCAACAAGGAAAGGAGGGGCUGGUGCCGGGAGUCUGGUCUGGCAGGUCUUCCCUCAAGGGGCAGAGUUCAUGGAUGACGGCUAUGCGGUUUACCUCACAAGAGCUCACACCGCUUCAAAAAUCAUAUCUCUGCAGUCGAAGCGACUAGCCAUCUUCAACUCCUUGUGUAGCUGGAGAUGCAGGUGGGGAUGCAAGAAAAAGAAUCACACUGCUCUUGAUGCCCUCCUCACGCACGACGAGCUUUAAUGUGAAUCACAACUACGUGAAUACAAAGAUCAGUGUAUACAAGUGUUUAAUAAAUAUUAUAUAUGUGAAGAAUGAAGAUGAUUGUUUAAACAUACCUUGGAGGGAGAUUCCAGAGCAAUAUCAAUACAAACAUACCUCUGCAGCCUCUGAAUAAGACCUGAUGACGGCU